AUGAACUCAAAUACUUCGACACCAAGAUCUGAAGGUCUUCCAGCACGUCUGUUCACCAAGCAGACUCAGGCACUCAUCUAUAACUACAAGGAGGCAGCCGUACAGCGUAUGCUCGACUUUGACAAUGUCGCUCAACGUGAUAUUCCAUCAGUUGCCGGUCUGAUCCAUCCAGGUUCCGAUGCUGGAUUCUACAAGGCAUUCUUUGGAUUCAAAGAGUUGGUGAUUCCAGUGUAUAACAGCAUUGAGGACGCUUGUGCAGAGUGCCCAAAUGCCGAUGUGUUCUUGAACUUUGCCUCGCACAGAAGUGCUUACGCAUCGUCGGCCAAGGCCCUCGCCCAACCAUCGAUCCGCACAUGUGUCAUCAUUGCCGAGGGCAUGCCAGAGAAUGAGGCUCGUAGCCUUAUCUCCAUCGCCAAGAAGGCCAACAAGGUGAUCAUUGGCCCAGCCACAGUCGGUGGCAUUCAAGCCGGCGCCUUCAAGAUUGGAAAUACUGCUGGUACCAUCGAGAACAUCCUCGCCUGCAAGUUGUACCGUUCGGGAUCAGUCGGAUUCGUCUCCAAGUCGGGUGGUCUGUCCAACGAGAUGUACAACGUCCUGUCAAAGACUACAGACGGCAUAUACGAGGGUAUUGCCAUUGGAGGUGAUGCCUUCCCAGGCUCAACGCUUGCCGACCAUGCCUUGCGAUUCGAGAAGUUGCUCGAGGUCAAGAUGAUCGUCGUGCUCGGAGAGCUCGGAGGAUGGGACGAGUAUGGAAUCGUUGAGGCUCUCAAGAAGGGACAGAUCACCAAGCCCGUCUGCGCAUGGGUCUCUGGUACCGUCGCCAAGAUCUUCCCAACCGAAGUACAGUUUGGACAUGCUGGUGCCAAGUCUGGUGGAGACUCAGAGUCUGCCGAGUUCAAGAACAAGGCCCUAAAGGAUGCCGGAGCCAUCGUCCCAACAUCAUUCGAGGACUUUGCCACCGUCAUCUCUGAGACCUACGCCAAGCUUGUCGCCGCCGGCCAUGUCAAGUCGGUGCAAGAGCCAACCCCACCCGAGCUGCCCCUGGACUUCAAGACCGCCGUCAAGGCCGGCAAGGUCAGAAAGCCAACCAGCAUUAUCUCCACCAUCUGUGACGACCGUGGAGAGGAGCUUACAUACAACGGCGUGCCUAUCUCCACAGUGUGCGAGGAGCAAUACAACAUUGGAGACGUCAUCGGUCUGCUGUGGUUCAAGAGGAGGUUCCCAGCCUAUGCCAGCAAGUUCAUUGAGAUGUGUAUAAAGUUGGUAGCUGACCACGGUCCCUGUGUGUCUGGUGCACACAACACAAUCGUUGCUGCCAGAGCCGGAAAGGAUCUGGUAUCCAGCUUGGUCUCUGGUCUCCUGACGAUUGGACCACGUUUCGGAGGUGCCAUUGAUGACUCUGCCCGCUUCUUCAAGGAUGCCUACGAUCGCAAGCUGAGUCCCGCUGAGUUUGUCGAAGGAAUGAAGGCCAAAGGAAAGAGAAUCCCAGGUAUUGGACAUUUGAUCAAGUCUGCCGAUGACAUUGAUAAGAGAGUUAUCCUUCUCAAGGAUUACGCCAAGAAACAUUUCACAUCAUCCAAUUAUCUAGAGUACGCUCUGGAGGUGGAGAAGUACACUUUGCAAAAGGCAAACAACCUGAUCCUUAACGUAGACGGAUGCAUUGGUGUGCUGUUCUUGGACCUGCUGCACAGCUGUGGAUUGUUCAAGAAGGAGGAGAUUGAGGAGAUUGUCCAGGUAGGCUAUCUCAAUGGAUUCUUUAUUGUUGGCAGAAGCAUUGGUCUGAUCGGACACGCUCUGGACCAGAAGAGAAUGAGACAGCCACUCUACCGUCAUCCAUGGGAGGAUGUCCUGUACGACGUUUAA